GACUGAGGGCGCUGCCUGCAUCCGGCAGGAAGAAGGAGUGUAGUAAAUAUAACUGGCUUAAAACUGCCGCAUCUGAUAUGAAGACGUUACAUAUCUCAGCAGUACACGUUAUCUUCAUUUAUUGCUAUACGAUGGUGAACUCGAAAUGAAAUGUCGUACAAAUUUAAAAGUUGGAAAAACAAGUAUGAAUGAACCAGUUGCUUUGCAAAAUAUUUUUGAAAGAAACGACUGUCAAUUUAUUAAACACGAAGGGAAAAAAAAGCCAGAACGUCUAUCUAUAUUGACGGAUUUAGAAACAUGUCAACUUAUUUGUAAAAAAUUGGUGGGUAAAGGAGAUUUUCGAAUAGAUUUGAAGCGAAUUGAGGAAGUUCGACCAGGAAAACAACAUAAAAAUUUUGAUUUCUGUGACGCGACAGAAGAACAGUGUAUAACUAUAUACCAUGGUGUUAAUUUUAAACUCCAAACUCUUUCAUUAUCUGAAACAAAAAGAAAUGAUUCUUCCUUGUUACUUAAGGCUCUACUGUACUUACGCGAAUUGUCACGCCAACUAUCGGGGCAUAAAGAGAUUGAAUGUUUUGUUAAAAAGGAAUAUUCUCGCUUAAUCCCUGUUUGUAGUGCAAAGCGUUUAAAUUUGAAAGAGCUAAAGCAAUGGUUAACUAGCAUUCACUUUAAGGUUCCUCAUCGUAAUUUAGGAGAGAUGCAUAGAAACUUUAGAUUAGACUGUUUUGAUUUGAAAACUUUCAGAACAUUUUAUGAGAAAAUUGUUUUCAAUGAAGACAUAACUGAUAAGGAGAAAAUAAAAGCAACAUUCAAAUAUCAUAAAAUGGCAGAGUGUGAAUUUUUACACAUUUUAAAAGAGGUUCAAAAAGACUUACAGAAUAUUUCACUAAGAGACGUAAACUCACAUGUAAGACAAAUAAUGAUGAGUACUCUAGGAGAAAAUAUGAAUACAAAGCUAGAAUUUAACGAACAAGAAUUUGUAACAUAUCUCUUUUCCAAGCUAAACACUAUUUGGGAUAUAAACGCUCCUCAACAAGAUAUGACCCAGCCUCUAAAUCACUACUGGAUAGCCUCUUCACAUAAUACCUAUUUGUUAGGAGAUCAAUUACAGAGUGAAUCAUCUUGUGAAGCGUACGCCAGAGCGUUAAGAACGGGUUGCAGAUGCAUAGAAAUCGAUUGCUGGGAUGGGGCUGCACAGGAUCCUUAUCCAAUAAUAACUCAUGGUCGAACGCUCACAACCAAAAUUAAAUUUGAGGACGUUAUCACAACUAUAAAAAAUCACGCUUUCGAGACAUCUGAUUACCCGGUUAUAAUAUCUAUUGAAAAUCAUUGUAAUUUACAAAGACAAAAAAACAUGGCAAAGAAAUUUAAAGAAAUAUUUGGAGAUUUACUAUUAACCGAGCCUGUUGAUCAUACAAAAUAUCCUCAUUUGAUGCCAUCUCCAGAACAAUUACGUAGAAAGAUUUUGUUGAAACAUAAAAAGCUGCCAGAAGAUUCUCAACCGGAUGCUUUUGUUGAGUUUGAUCUAACGGAUGAUAUUUACAAAUGCGGCAAACUCGAAAUACACGAUCCGGAAAGACAAAAUUGGUUUAAACAUACUGUAAUACUAAAACGGAAAACUUUAGAAAUGAUUGAACACGUAGAACCUGAUGAAGAUAGUUUUUCUUUCACUGAUGAGGAGACAUCAGAAGAAAACUCAGUAAUGGACGCUUUAGAAAACGAGGAGUGGUUCUAUCCCGAAUUAUCUAGAAGAGGCGCUGAAGACCUUAUUUCUAAUUCUGUAAGUCCUCAGGACGGAACGUUUCUCGUUCGUUGCUCUGACAAAUUUCGUGGACAGUUUGCCUUAUCAUUUCUGAGAGGAACUGAUAAACAUCAUUGUAUUAUAAAAAGAAGUGAAAAUAGUCAAUUUUACUUGACGCACAGCCACAAAUUCGAUAGUCUUCAAGAACUUGUCCACCAUUAUAGAACAAAACCUCUAAAAACUGCCAACUUUCAUCAAACCUUAACAAAUCCUGUACCAGCUAAAAUGAAUUUUUUCUUUCAACCAUGGUUUAAAGCUGGUAUGAACCGAAAGGUUGCAGAACAUGACUUGUCCCGAAUUCGUAAAGAUGGCGUAUUUCUAAUAAGAAACAUCACAAAACAUCCUAACAUAGACUUGGAGAAAUUUACAUUAUCCUUUAGAACAUCAAGAAGAGUUCGUCACUGCAAAAUUAUUUAUGAAGGAGAGCUAUUUCAUAUUGGAAAUCAAAGCUUUACAAAGUUAACGUCGCUAGUCGAUUAUUACAAGAAGAACAAAUUAUAUAGAGGCACAAAACUUACUGAGCCAGUAACACAAACUCUACUGGACGAAAUCGGAGGAGAACCAGAUUUAUAUUCUAUCUAUCAAGUACCAAGAAACUAUCUAGAUCUCGAUGAAGUGAACAUUUCGGAUUAUUCUCAAAAAGUCGUUGCCCUCUUUCCAUACACUGGUCAAUUACCUGACGAAUUGACCUUCGAAAAAGACGACAUAAUUGAAAAUGUUGUAAAGGACGAGACAGAUAAUGGAUAUUGGAAGGGAGACUUACGGGGUCAAAUUCAAAAGUUAUUUCCACAUAGUUAUGUUAAAGAAGUCGAAGAUGAGGAUAGUGAAGAGCAAGAAAUGGAGACUGAAAGCUCCAGGGGAGAAUUUGAUUUAUCAGACAUUAUUAAGCCAGUUAAGGAUGCUGGUUCUUAUCCUUGUGAAUUUGUAAUACAAACUAGUAAAGUUAAGGGAAACGUCUACAGAUUCGCAGUAAAUCAAAAUAAUUUUGAAGUUCGUUUUAGAGCUCAAAAUGAGACAGAGAAAACUGAAUGGUGCACAAAAAUAGAAGAAUGCCAGAAACGUGUCAAGAGUGCUAUCGGUUAUCAAUUGAGGACGCAGAAAAAAUUGAAUGUAGCCAAAGAGUUGUCAGAUUUGAUUGUAUAUUGCAGAACGGCGUCUUUUGAGAAAUCGAUAGAGAAAUCUUGCAAUAACAUGGCAAACCAUAAAGAGUUGUGCUCCAUAUCUGAAUCAAAAAUUGAUAGCUAUAUAUCUUAUAAAGGUAAUAAGUGUAAUGAAGAAAAUUGCCUAAAACUUUUAAACUUUAAUAAAUCACAAUUAUCAAGAAUUUAUCCAAGAGGAAAUAGAUUUGACUCGUCUAACUUUAAUCCAAUGUGGUCUUGGUUGUGUGGAUGUCAAUUAGUUUCACUAAAUUAUCAAACUGGUGAUAAAAAUCUUCAAUUAAAUGAAGGAUUCUUUAGACGAAAUGGAAAAUGCGGUUAUGUGCUAAGACCGGACUUUAUGAAUAAACAAGAUAUCACAUAUAAUCCGUUUUCGAAAGAAUCAAUUGAACAAUUAGAUGAACCAAUGACCUUAGCAGUUUGUGUCCUGGGUGGUCGUCAUUUAGCUGUAGGAGGUAAGCAUGUUGCUAGUCCAUAUGUCGAAUUGGAAAUAAUUGGGGCAAAAUGUGAUAAUAGUAUUUGGAGAACUCAUUCUGUUGAAUAUAAUGCCUUGUGUCCAGUAUGGAAAGCACAACGAAUAUUUGAUAUCGCUAAUCCAUCUAUAGCUGUUUUGAGGUUCUAUGUCUGUCACGAGGAUAUGUUUAGCGAUAAGGUUUUCCUCGGGCAAUGCUGUAUUCCAGUAACAUUAAUUCGUCCUGGAUAUCGUUCUGUACCCCUAAGGAAUGGUUUCGGAGAGCCGUUAGACUUAGCUGCCCUACUAGUCCAUAUAGACAUAACUUAUCCGAAGAAAGAUGGUAAUAGUGAUAUUUACUCGAAUUUUGCUGAUCUCAAAAGCAGAUCAGAUUUAUUAAGGGAGCAGCUAAGAAUGAAUCCUAAAAGCGAGUCAAUUAAAACGGAACUCUGUGCAAUCGAAAAAGAUCUACAAGAAACGAGACGUAAGAGAGAGAUAGAGUAA